AUGGAUUUGAUUCUUAAAACAACCGAUGGAGGAAAUCUGGCUGCUACAUCGCAACCUUGGUUGGCUCCAAACGCAUUUCACACCAUCAUCAAACAACCUUCCAUCUAUGUGAAUGGGACUCUGACCACCAAACAAACAGACACGUACGCUUACAAAGCAUAUCUGAAAACCAUACUCAAUUAUGGAACAGAAGAUGAGGAAAGGAUUCUCAGACCUCAAGGAUAUUACUCAGCUCUAAAUUAUCCACCUAACGACCUGACAGUCAAUCAAAUCGACAGUGGCACACCUCAUGCCAACUACACAGCAUUAUCGAAAGAACGAAAAAAAGCAGUCGAUGGUCUCUAGGAAAUGAAAGAAAAAACCACGGGAGGAAAAACCAUUCAAUUGUUUGGGUUACCUCAUGUAGAUUUGUUCAAUACGGGUAGAAUGCUUAUACCAGGAGUUGAUCUCAAAAUGAGGUUUACACUCAAUGAUCCUAAAUUCUUCAUGAACGGGAUUGGUAAGGUAAACACCGACGUCAGGUUACAAGCUGGUGAUUUGAAAAUGAAAUUCUAUGCCUGCAUAAUCAAAGUCAGGUCAGACGUGUACAAUAAAAUCGCUACAGCUAGACUGCAGAGGAAUCUGGAUGUGUAUUAUCCCACCGUCAGAUCAGAAAUCAGGACCUAUACCUUGCAAAACAAUCACACUAACUUUGAAGCUACAGAUGUGUUCAACGGAAGAGUCCCAGACCGUGUGGUGGUGGAUUUAGUCUAUCAAGAUGCUUUCUCAGGCAAUUACGCCUACAACCCUUUCAAUUUCCCAAAAUUCAAUGUAAGUAGCAUCAAACAGAUUGUGGAAGGGGAAGAGUACCCCUAUCAACCUUUGCAACUUAUUGCAGCCAACGGUCAACUAGACAUGUCAGGGUAUCACAGACUUAUCAGUGCCAAUUGUUCAGCCUACCGAGGAAAAUGUAUGAUCAAACCAGAACAUUGGGGAGACGAUCAUCAUACCACAUUAUACAUGUGGGAAAAUAUCGCCUCUGGAUGUGCAGACAGUGUUCAAUUGAACCCUAAACAGGAAGUACAUGUCAAAAUCGCCAUUACAAAGACAGCUGUCAAUUCGUUAAUCACCGUGAAUUCGAAAACAUGA